AUGCAGAAACCUUACACGCUUCGGUCUACCGUUCUAGGCAAACGGAAAACCAGACAGAACGACAACCUUGUCCUGCACCUAACCAGCCCAGAGUUAUCUUCCACACAUCUUCCAGACCAAUCCGACUCUGAGCCAUCCGGCCCACGAUCAUCGACAUCUACACGCGCACCUCUCCUUAUAAAUGGCUCCCUGGUUGCUCAUACCAAGAAGAAAUACCAGUGCACUUUCAACGGCUGCGAAAAGGCCUAUACCAAGCCUUCACGCUUGGAAGAACACGAACGUUCACAUACUGGUCAACGUCCAUUUGUUUGCGAGACAUGCAGCAAAUCCUACCUGCGCGAAACACAUCUGCACGCCCACGCGCGUUCCCAUCUCCCAGAGUCCAUGCGGCCUCUCGUGUGCGAAAGAGAGGGUUGCGAGAAGCGUUUCUGGACGUCCCAGCACCUUCAUGUACAUUAUUCCUGGCACGAUGGAGCGAAACCGUACAAAUGCAAUGAAGCAGAUUGCAGCGAAGCAUUUGCAAAACACCAUCAGUUAAGGGCCCAUAUUUGCUCAACACACGCGCCUCCUGGUACAAAGCCCUACCGGUGUGAACAUGAGGGAUGCACGAAGUCGUUUAACACCAACCAACACUUACGGUCUCACCAGAAGAUGCACGACAAUAACCGUUACACAUGUGUCCACCCGUCAUGCCUUGCAGGCCCUGACGGGACUCCCACAUUCUUUCCGACAUGGUCCUCGCUACAAUCACACAUUCGCAAAAGCCAUCCACCGGCGUGUCCGCACUCUUCAUGCAACGACCGUACAUUCGCAAAUCAAGCGAAUCUCAGGGCCCAUCUAAGAUUACAUGAACAGAAGGAGCUGGAGCUGGAGCUGCAAGGGAUCGCAGACUCGGACAACGAGAAUGAUAAGCCUCCAAAGAAGAGAAGAAGAGGCGGCGAGCACGGAAGAGACUGGAAGUGCGAGGCUCCCGGUUGUGACAAAGACUUCAAAUCCAAAAGGGCCCUUCAAACUCAUACCAAUGUUUCCCAUCUCGGUAAACGAAAUUUCGUUUGCCACCACGCAGACUGCAAACAAGCUUUCGGGUACAAGCAUCUCCUUCAAAGACACCUCGCCAACGUUCAUUCUUUCGAACAUUCCGGACCAGAUUCCUCCGAAGAGUCUUCUGAGGAAGAAUCUCAUAAAAAGGAGGAGACGCAUGGACACCGACCCGAUUUCAACAUUGACAUGAUAACAGGAAACACGUAUGCCGAACAAGCCUCAGAGAACCUGAAGCAUGCCAGGGUCUUGCAAUGCCCCUUCCCCGACUUGAAGGACUUCCCAGUAGAAAGCCCCGCAAAUGCUUCUCAAGAAGUGCGAGACACCAGGAAAACCAAGUGCGAUUAUGUCUUCAGUCGAGGAUAUGACUUGAGGCGACACCUUAACGCGUUACACGAAGUCGCUGUGUCCAAGGAGGUCAUAGAUGCUUGGGUUAGACGACACAAAUGUACACCAUAG